AAGGCAAGUUGAGGAAUCAAAAAGUGAGAAAAGAAAAAAGGGAGAAAGCAAGGGGGAAUGUGAAGGCCACAUACAACUUGUGGCUCAAAUCUCCCCUUCUCUUUGCUGAUGUGGAGCCUCAACUCUACUCUCCUGGCCUCUAGUACGUAGCUGCACAACUGCAGCAGCAGUAGCAGCAGCUUGUACAAACAAAAUCAACAAUCUCUCUCUCUCUCUCUUUCCGUCUCUCUCUGUCUCUGUAUCUAAUAUGAUUAGUAAACUCACGGCGGAUGCAAAAGAUCCUGCAAUAAAGAUUUUCGGCAAGACCAUUCAGCUCCCAUCAGCCUCUGAUUCUACCCAAGUUGAUGAGCAUGUAGAGUCGCCUCCCGAACAUAUCGGAGAAGAACAAGAAUCAAAUAAGGAUCCUAUUGCGGAGACUGAUGCGAAGGAGCAAGAUGGAGCCCAGCGUAUAAUGUCAGAGCAUCCUUCCUAUUCAAGUACAACUUCAGCUGCAAACAACAAUACACCUGAUGAUGAUCAAAGCAAAGCUGCACUUAAUAAUGCCCGAAGUAAACCUGUUCCUGAUGAUAACCAAAGUACAGCUCCUGGUGAUGAUCACAAUAAAUCUGCACCUGAUGAUGAUCUAUGCACUGAAGAAGCACAGACUGAGAUGGGUGAUUCACAGGAAAAGACACUGAAGAAACCAGAUAAGAUACUUCCAUGUCCUCGUUGUAAUAGCAUGGAUACUAAAUUCUGUUACUACAAUAACUACAAUGUUAACCAACCACGACACUUUUGCAAGAACUGCCAGAGAUAUUGGACAGCUGGUGGGACAAUGAGAAAUGUUCCUGUAGGUGCUGGUCGCCGCAAGAAUAAGUACUCAGCCUCUCAUUAUCGUCAAAUAGCUGUCUCUGAAGCACUUCAGAAUGCCGGAGUAGAUAUUCCAAAUGAAAUCCACAGUGCUGGUAUAAAGACCAAUGGCACUGUCCUCACGUUUGGCUCCGACUCACCCCUUUGUGAGUCAUUGGAUUCCGUCCUAAAGAUAAAUGGGAAGUCACUGGUUAAUGGCUCAGAAAAUGGGUUCCAGAAGCCCGGGGAAUUUAGCCCUAAAGUAUCCUGUAAAGCAAAAAAUAACAGCGAUGAUCACCCAAGUGGAUCUUCUGUGAUUGUAUCAUGUUCGAAGAAUGAGAUUGUUGCUCCUAGCUUGCAAAAUUUAGCAAGUCAAAAUGGUCACAGCUUUUCACCUGUACCAUAUUUUCCAGGAGAGCCUUGGCCAUAUCCAUGGACUGUCAGCCAAUGGAAUGCUCCUGUAACCCAAGUACCGCCACCUGGUUUCUGUGCUGUUCCUAUGCCAUUUUACCCAGCAUCACCCUAUUGGGGUUGUAAUGUACCAGGACUAGGACCUUGGAAUGUUCAAUGGGUUACUCCUAUGAGUUUGUCUGUGAACCACCCUGCUGCUCCGUCAUCCAGUCCAAGUUCCCCCACACUAGGAAAACACUUGAGAGAUGAGAAUAUGGCAAAUCCGAGCAGUUGUGCUGACGAGGGAUCACCAAAAGAGAAUGAUCCGGUGAAAUGUCUUUGGGUACCAAAGACAUUGAGAAUCAAUGAUCCAGGAGAAGCUGCGAAGAGUCGGAUAUGGGAAACUUUGGGAAUAAAGAAUGAAAUAACUGGCAAUCCAGAUUGUGGAGAAGGCAUGUUCAAGGCUGCAUUCCAGUCGAAAGAUGCUGAGAAAUGUGACUACAAAUCAUCCUCAGUACUACAUGCCAAUCCCGCAGCAAUGUCUAGAUCCCAGAGUUUCCACGAAAGCACAUGAAUGUCGAAUACUUGUGUUGAUAGCUAAAUUUUGGUUGUUGCAAAUAAUGAUAUACACACAUUUUCCGAUAUGGAUACACGUCAUACCAACCAAACAUACCCGAUAUAACACGAGCGAGUGGUUUGGGGAGAGUAUGAUGUACACAGAUACGAGGACAUGGAAUGGUAUACAAUUCAAACUACAUCAAAAUUUAAAGCGAGCUAAUAUGGUACAUGCAUUACUUUGCAGGUCUUAGAUAUUCCUUUGUUAGUUCUUGUUUAAAGUAGACGUAUAAGCACUUGACUUAAUUUAAGUUAAAGCAUUGAGGACAACAUGUGGCAUUUUUAGUUCAAGCCUUGAUAAAGCAACUGUAAUGGGAUUGGGAUUGGAGACCAGCACGUGUUGGUGAAGACGCAAUGCUCGUAAAGGUCUGUGCUGUAGUUUAGAAAUGAAAUAAGUCACUGCAUAUGCGCGUCUACUUGUAAAUUGGGGGCACAUUUUAUAUUUUACAAAAGUCAACUAGACUAGUUACUCAUAUUGCACAUU